AUGUGUUGCUGCGCAAAGGCGCGUAAGGAUGGUGAUGUAACUAUUGAAGGGCCAGAAAACAGAAUAAGAAAUAUCAAUAGAAUUUUGCUUGAGUUUGUCAAUGAAGAAUCCAAAAUAGGACUGAGAGAGGUGCCUUGUAUUGAAAUGAUCGAAAAAGUUUUGCUUGCUUCUAAUAAAGGUGAAGUUCCCAAGAGAGAUAUUAUUUAAAUAUACAAAUCGACAGAAUAAGUCAAUCAGAAUUCUAUCAAGAACUUUAUGAUUUAAGAUUUUUUCUUUGUGGACACUUCUAGGCAAAAAUACGACUUCAACAAAAUAGUUUUGUUCAAUUUACUCUACUCAGGAGGUAAAGAGAUCGAAAAGGCAAAUUUCCUGUUUAAUGUUAUUGAGAAUACAUCGAGCAGUGCUGUUCACAAUCACUCUUAAAAAUUGCUGAAUACCCUUGAAAAUUUAACCUACAUAAGCUGUAUUGUGGUAGGGGAGAUCAUAAAUUCUGUGAGAAGAUUCUAAACAGAUACUGAGGACUCUGAAUUCCAAGAGUUACUUUCACUUUACUCCACUAAUGCGAAUAUGCUUCGAGAGUUCGGGAAUCAUAUUGCUAGCAUUUUUCUGUUCCCAUCCUCCGAGGAUAGGCAGUAUCUCAUGAGACCAGAUUUCAUUAAAAAAAUGGAGGAGUCAGCCUAUUUGCUCAUCAAGCCACAUGAGAUCAGAAAGAAAUACACUGAAUACGUUUGGCAAAAUAAAGCUAGAGCUCUGCUUCCCUCUAAGCUGAUGAGAAGGACAACUCAUGGAAUUCGGGAGAAUGGAGAAGAGAGUAAAAAUCCUAGUGAGAUUAAUGAUUCAAUAAGACAAUCUGCAAGAGGUACCUUGAGAAAGUAAUUCUCAGGUUAAAACCAAAAACAGUAGUAUUCUAGAUAGAUAUCAGAAGCUCAAUUAUAAAAUUCAGCUAAUUAGCAAAAGUAGUUAAGAUAGGAUAAAAUGGAUAAAUACUUACCACUAUAAUCCCCUUAUAACUACUCUAACAACGAUAAUUUGGACAAAUCUUCAGAUAUUUCGAUGGCAGUAUAUAGAUACGAGGACAAAAGUGCACAAGAUUCCAUGAGUUCUCCAACAAAUAGAUAAAAUAAGAAUAAAAAUAAUAAUGCUUUCUAAAAACAAAAUUACAACUAGUAAUAUUAGCAGUAGCAACAACAACAACUCUAAAAGAGUCAGCAAAAUAUUAAUAAAUACUUCGAUUAGCCUGCUUUAGUUUAGUAAAAUUUUAGUAACCAAUUUACUGAUAAGGGACACUCACCUCUGCUAAGUCCAGCUACUGCUAAACUUGGAAGUGAAGUUGAUAUUGAAAGGGACAUGAAACAAAGACUCAAAAGUUUAAAAUUGCAAGGACCAAGCAAUAGAGAAUCUUCAGAAACUCAGACGUCACUACUUUCAACCACAAACUUGAGAAAAUACUAGAAUGUGCAGAUGUAUUUAAAAGAGAUGUUUGGAGAGCAGUUUGUCAAUAUGGUAGCAGAAAUGAUGGAACCCUUUGAUGCAAAAAAGUAAUCAACUUUGCAGAUGAAACUUUCUGACUUAAGAAACUCAACUAAGCUUGAAUUCCCAGAAUAUAAUGCCUAUCCCUAUCAUAUAAGAGAAGUUUUCGAGUAUUAUAAUGCUAUAUUGCAUAAGGAAGAUCUUCUUGAAUUUUCAAAGGGAAAGCUAUUUAGAGAUAACAUCAUAAAUGUCUACCUUAAGAUUCUUGAAAAGAUAAACUUGGUGAGAUAGAGCUAAUAUAACUAUCAAAGAGCCACAACUAGAAAUUCUGUAGAUAUUUACUCCCAAAAUACAAGUUAAACACCUUAAAAGAUACUCUACUUUAACACAUAUUUUAGCAGAAAACUUAACAAUGAAGCUUAUGUGAAGGAUUGCUUGAAUAUGCUUUAAAAUUUCUUCAAAUUUGAUUAAGUUAUCUUGCCGUUCUUUAUUGAUGAAGAAGAUGAUUAGAGGGCUUUAAUAGUUAGUGUAAAGGUAGCGAAUUUCUAAGUUGAUUUGUACGAUAGAGAAAGAGAUGAGGACAACCACGAUAUUUCGGAUACUGUAUUACAUUUAAUGGACUUAUCAUCAAGGAUAUAAGAUGUAGAAUUUAAUGAGGAUCAGAUUGAUGGAGGUGUAGAAGGUGUAUGCGUUGACCGUGAAGAAGAUAUGCUUGUAGCAAUAUGCUACAUUGCGGAAUAAAUUACUUUUAACAAACCGGUAGAUCUCGAAACAUUUAAUGUAAACUUAGAGAGAUAAAGAAUCCUAGAUGUAUUUCUCUCUUUACUAUAAUUCAAGUGA